AUGGAUUAAAAUCUAAACAAAAUUAAAGAAUUAAAGCAUUACAUUAAAGCAGUAGAAAUAGAGAAGAAAAUUCUAGCUCAGAAUUACAAUCUAGAUAAUGAGCUUAGAAUUUUUGAUGUAGAAGUUAUUCUCAACGGAUUGCCCACAUUUAUUCAUACUUAUGUUAUUGGAGAGAAUAAUCAAGAAACACUUGUUAUGCUUCAUGGAUUUGGAGGAAGUUCUCUAACAUUCUAUAAAAUGUAUAAAUAAUUAGCAACUAGAUUUAGAGUAUUCGCUCUAGAUUUUAUUGGAAUGGGAUUAUCAGAUAGAUAAAACUUCAAUGUAGUUGAGAAUGCCACCUAAGUUAUUAAUUUUUUUGUGAAUUCAAUCGAGUAGUGGAGAAAAGUUUUAGGAAUAUAAUAAUUUAGAAUCGCUGGUCAUUCUUUUGGUGGCUACAUGGCUGCUAAUUACACUGUGAAGUAUCCUAGUUAAGUAAUUGAGACAUAUUUGCUCUCGCCUAUGGCAGGAACCAAAGUUACUCCUGAAAACGAUUUGCAAAGUGAAGAAAGAUUUUAAGAAUUUGUAAACAAGCAACCCUUUUUGAGGAAAUGGGCUAUGAAAUAUAUGAGAUGCCAAGCAGAAAAUUAAAAAAUGACGCCAGGAAAGCUGCUGAAAAAAUGGUUUAUCCCAGGAAAUUACCUUCUAAAAAGAGCAGUUUAAAGCAGAUUGAAAAUAUCUGAUAAAACAGAAGCAGAAUUAUGGAAAAACUUCUUAAAAAAUAUAUUUAAAUUACCCUAAUCAACUGAACAUCAUAUUCAUGAUUUAGUUAGCAUGCCAGGAGCUUAAGCUAGACUCUCAAUUGAGUAAGUAGUUAUGGAAAGCCCUAACAAAAUAGAUGUAGAAUUUACAAUAAUGUUUGGUGAUGAUGAUUGGAUGAAUAAAACAGGAUGCUAAAGAUUAUUUAAAGAAAAUUAUUUAUAAGGUAGAGUAGUAGAGAUUAAAGAUGCUGGACAUUAGUUGCCUUUUGAUUAGCCAGAUGACAUAACCAAUAAAAUAUUAGAAUAAACAAAAAUUAACAUUUAAGUAAAAUGA